CCUAGCGAUACUUGCGCCAUUUUUGUAUGCUUUGGUCGCAGUACCCCGUACACCCGAUCGGGAGUCGCGUCACAAUAAGUGGGGUCAGAGACGAAGUUGUGAUUACGGAAUGUUCUCCCCGUUGUGUUGAUAAAUAGGAACGUCGUGUGUAUACAAAUUUUUUCGUCAACAUGGACGAGUCUCGCCAUAAAUAUCAUGUUAAGAGGAAAUUUCUUUCUCUCGAAGAGCGAAUAGAAAUUUUGAGGCUCCUCGACGCUGGAGAACCGGCUUGUAAUGUUGCUGACAGAUUCAAAAUAUCUCCAAGCGCGAUUUCUCACAUAAAGAAGAAAAGAGAAAAAAUAAUAAAGAGUAAGAAAAUAAUCGCGGCUUGUAAUGGAACUUUGAAAAAACGUAGAUGCACUCAAAUUGAAGAGAAUCCCGUGGAAAAAGCAGUCUGGAAAUGGUUGGUUGAUGAAUCGGCAAUGGGAUCGCCAGUUCGCGGACAGACGAUUCAAAAGCAAGCUCUUAAAAUCAACAAAAUGUUGGGUGGACCAGAAUCCUUCAAGGCUAGUGACGGCUGGUUGACUAAAUUCAAGAAACGACACGGAGUCAAGUCGAUCGCUGUACAAGGAGAAAAAAGGACUGCAGACAUCGAAGCCAGUGAAGAAUUUCAAACAGAAAUGUGCAACAUGAUUAAUGUUACUGAGGUGCCGCUGGACAAUAUCUACAACUGCGACGAGACAGGUUUAUACUGGAAAAUGCUGCCAACCAAACCAGGAAGUGGAAAUAAGAAAAAAAUCUCAAGUUCGGCAAAAGCAAUAGAUCGAGUGGCCGUGAUGAUGUGCACUAAUGUUUCUGGCACUCACUCCCUCCCGUUGUACAUUGUUGGUGACUCUGAUAAACCUCGGUGCUUGAAAGGUAUCAAACAAUUGCCAGUAAUUUAUGAACAUGAAAAAUAUGCUUCGAUGAAUCAAGAACUGAUGAUGGAUUGGUACACGACUGUUUUCCUUCCGGAAGUUAAGAAAAAACACAGCAGCAACGAGGAUUCUAAAUCUAGAGUUAUCCUCAUUAUGGAUAACGCACCUUGCCAUCUCUUGGAACAUGAAUUUAACGAAGUCUCUGACUUUUGUACCGUACUUUUUUUCCCUCGAAACGUUUCUACCCUGUUACAACCAAUGGAACAAGGAAUUAUUGAGAAGUUUAAAAAAUGUUACAAAGCCAUGCUGCUGACGAAGAUUAUUGCUGAAGAUUUGUCGCAAGGUGUAGAGAAAGUACUGCAAGCUCACAAUCUCUUGGACUGCUGUCACAUGUGCGCUUUAGCCUGGAAACAAGUAACUCCUACCGAUGUGAGAUACUGCUGGAAAAAGUUGAUCCCUCUGGAAAAUGACGCCGAGUCCUCUUCAGAUUUGGAAAUCAUUGAUCUCGUUACUUUCCAUUCACUACUUUUAAGAAUUCCAGGAUUCCAAGAUUUGCAACUCAAGGAAACUAACAAAUGGCUGGGUGCUGACGCGCGAGAAUUCGGCUGGCACGCUCGUCUCGAUCGGACUCAUGCUCUCGACUCGUCUGCCGAAGAAAGCCAAGAAAACCCUGAUAGCAUUUCUGAAGUUCAUGAACCUGCUGAAUCCGAUUCGGAAUUACCCUCUCAAGAUGUUGAAAAUUUCACCGAUGAUACAUCAUCGAAAGAAGUUUUAAAAGCAUUAUCCAUUGUCACCCAUUGGGUCCAAAGAACUGACAGUGAUUUAGCUUUUCUUGAAAAAUGCCAGAUUUACCGCGAAAUGCUGUUAAUGUAAUUAAUACCAAUUAUUUUUAAUAAAUGACAUCAAUUUCUA